UUUUUAUCUUAGUUUCGCCCUUUUAUAAUUUGAUUGGUGCACAGACUCACACAACACGCACACCAACUGAGGCCGCCAGCUUCCACCCAGCACGCCAGCAAUGGUAGUCGGCGUUCUCGCUUUACAGGGUUCUUUUAACGAACAUAUUGCAGCUCUUAAGAAGCUAGGAGUGAAGGGGGUGGAAAUUAGGAAGCCGGAGCAGCUUCAGAAUGUGAGCUCUCUUAUCAUUCCCGGUGGUGAAAGCACCACCAUGGCCAAGCUCGCCGAGUACCACAACCUGUUUCCUGCCUUGCGCGAGUUUGUUGAAACAGGAAAACCUGUUUGGGGAACCUGCGCAGGUCUUAUUUUCUUGGCAAAUAAAGCUGUUGGACAGAAAAUAGGAGGACAAGGUCUAGUUGGGGGGCUUGAUUGCACUGUUCAUAGAAAUUUCUUUGGCAGUCAGAUUCAAAGCUUUGAGGCCGAGCUAUUAGUGCCAAAGCUUGCUUCUAAGGAAGGUGGUCCUGAGACAUUUCGUGGAGUUUUCAUUCGUGCUCCUGCAGUCCUUGAAGUGGGACCAGAAGUUGAAGUGCUGGUUGAUUACCCUGUACCAUCUAACAAGGUGUUAUAUUCAAGUUCUACCGUUGAAAUCCAAGAGGAAAAUGCUAUGCCUGAAAUGAAAGUGAUUGUUGCUGUAAAACAAGGGAAUCUGCUAGCGACUGCUUUCCAUCCUGAAUUGACAGCUGAUACUCGAUGGCAUAGUUACUUCUUGAAAAUGGGUAGUGAGCUUGGAGAAGCGUCUUCCAGUAGCAUUGUUGCAGUUGGAGGAGAGGAUCUGAGUUCCAACCUACAAUCAAAAACUGAUCUUCCUGUAUUUCUGUAGUGGCAAUUAGAUUAAAAUCCUUUUCUUUAUAGUUAGCUUAUAUAUUUGUGAUCUCAAAAUCUUUUAAAUAGUAGUCCCAUGCAGCAAAGAUUCUUGUUAUGCUGUUGUUAAAGACGGAUAUUUGGUUUUUCAUCCUAUAUGGCAUAUAUAUUGUUUAAAGUUAUCUUCUAAAAGAGAUAAGGUGGUUAGUUUUCUACUC